CAGCCACAAGCAAAGCAAAAGCAGUCCUGUUAGCUGUCGGAGCUUUUCUUCUCUUUUGCACCCUUCUCCUUAUCUCCUUGUCUGUUCCACAACUAUGGCAGGCAUCUUCGAGGCUCCGCGGAAUGCGGACACCCUUUUCUUGGGUGGGCAGAAAAUCACCGGUGCUGAUGUACGGGAGCAGAACGUCCUUGCCACGCAGGCGAUCGCAAAUGUCGUCAAGAGCUCCUUUGGCCCCUCCGGCUUGGACAAGAUGAUGGUGGAUGACAUCGGUGAUGUCACGGUGACGAACGACGGUGCGACUAUUCUCAGUCUUCUCGAUAUCGAGCACCCCGCCGGAAAAAUCCUCGUCGACUUGGCUCAACAACAGGAUAAAGAGGUUGGCGAUGGUACCACGUCGGUCGUUUUGAUUGCUGCAGAGCUCCUGCGAAGAGGCAACGAAUUGAUGAAGAACCGCAUACACCCCACGACCAUCAUCAACGGUUACAGACUCGCCCUGAGAGAAGCCGUCAAAUAUAUGAAUGAGAACAUCACUACGAAGGUUGAGACCCUUGGCAAGGACAGCCUGGUCAACAUCGCCAAGACUUCCAUGUCCAGCAAGAUCAUCGGUGCCGACGGCGAUUUCUUUGCCAACAUGGUCGUUGAUGCCAUGCUGGCUGUUAAGACCAUCAACCAGAGAAACGAGGUCAAGUACCCCGUCAAGGCAGUCAAUCUGCUGAAGGCACACGGAAAGAGCAGCAAGGAGUCGGUCCUUGUCAACGGCUACGCCCUCAACUGCACUGUCGCCUCCCAGGCCAUGAAGACUCGGAUAACCGAUGCAAAGAUUGCCUGCUUGGACAUGAACUUGCAGAAGGAGAGAAUGAAGCUUGGUGUUCAGAUCACAGUUGAUGAUCCCGAUCAGCUGGAGAAGAUCCGCGAGAGAGAAGCCGGCAUCGUCCUUGAGCGUGUUGAGAUGAUCCUCAAGUCCGGAGCUAAUGUCGUCCUCACCACCAAGGGUAUUGACGACAUGGUGCUCAAGCUGUUCGUGGAGAGAGGUGCCAUGGCCGUCCGCCGUUGCAAGAAGGAGGAUCUUCGCCGGAUCGCCAAGGCCACCGGUGCCACCUUGGUGAGCAGCCUGUCAGACUUGAAUGGUGAUGAAAAGUUCGAGGCCUCGAACCUGGGUCACGCAGAGGAGGUUGUGCAGGAGCGGAUAUCCGAUGAUGAGUGCAUCCUUGUCAAGGGCACUAAGGUACACACCUCGGCGUCGAUCAUCCUGCGGGGCCCCAACGAUUUCACUCUGGAUGAGAUGGAGCGUUCAGUGCACGACUCCCUUUGCGCCGUGAAGCGGACGUUGGAGAGCGGCAGCAUUGUCCCCGGUGGUGGUGCCGUCGAGACGGCUCUUCACAUUUACCUGGAAGAGUUCGCUGUCACAGUUGGCUCUCGCGAGCAACUCGCCAUCGGUGAAUUCGCCCAGUCCCUCCUGACCGUUCCCAAGACCUUGGCCGUCAACGCCGCCAAGGACUCGUCCGAGCUUGUCGCCCAGCUCCGCGUCCGACAUGCUCUUUCGCAGCGUGUGCAGGACGGUGAUGCCAACGAGGAGGAGAAGGCCAUCGCCAAGAAGAAGACCUACCGCAACUAUGGUCUCGACCUGACCAAGGGUCGUGUUCACGACACCCUCAAGGCCGGUGUCCUCGAGCCUAGCAUGGGCAAGAUCAAGCAGCUGAAGAGUGCCGUCGAGGCUUGCAUUGCCAUCAUGCGUAUCGAUACCAUGAUCAAGUUGGACCCGGAGAGGAAGGAGGAUGAUGGUCACGGUCACUAAAUCAAGCCUGUUGGUGUCUUGCUUGCUUUAGUCCACCCCUCUACCCCAAUUCCAUCUUUUCCCUGUUUCUUCAUAUGGAGUUCUUAGAUAUUUAGGAUGAAGGAAGAGGAAAAGUAUAAUCAAGAUAUGAAG